GGCAAAUGCACACAGAAACUGUUACUUGCUUUUUGUCCUGGUGCCUGGGGACCAGUGGUCCAGGAAGAGCAAAUGGGGUUUGGCUGGUAACUUUUGCGGCCAGUGAAUGUGAGCUAUGUGAAAAUAGUGCAUAUUAAUUAUAGACCAAAUGUUUGAGAAAUUUAGCUGGCAAGCUAAUAUAUUAAUAUAUUUAGGAGUUACUUGCAGGUUUGUGGGCAUUUUUUGCGGGUUUUUGGGGGCGUGUUUUUGUUUGGUUUUUGUUUUGUCUUUAGUUGGCCUCAUUUGGGCAUGUGUUUGUUUUAAACAAACACACACAACCCCCCAACCCACAUCACAAGUUCUCUUGCAAAAUAUCAGGUCUUCACUCCAAAUCCUAGAUAUAGCAGACCACCUCAAUGCCAUGGUUAUGAAACAACGUUAGCUGAAGUAAAAUCAAAUUUGUACCAGACUUGUUCUCAGAAACAAUUGCACUUAAUAAAAAAAGAAUGGUUUGAGUCAGCCCAGUGGUUGAAAUUUGGUAAAAUUACCAGCAAUUGAAAAUUGACAGUAAUAAGUAUUGUUAACAAUGUCCUUGAAGGAUAAAUUUCUGCAGAAAUAGAACUCUUUGUAUUGUGUCUUUUGUCUGGAAAGUUAUCCUCUGAAUAGCUACUUUCCCUUUUUUAUAAGAAAGGUUUGCAAAAUAGGAGUUUGGUUCCUAUACAGCCAGUGAAUAAUAAACAGAGAAGUAAAAGUUUACAUUAUCAUGCCACUUCGCCAUAGAGGUUAAGGAAGUGCUUUAGGCAAGAGAGGAGACAAGAAAAUUAGUAACUAAACAACAGUAGUUUUCAUAAAAGCUAUCUUUGGGUUUGCACGUUUAACUUUUUCGGGUUAACGUGCCACUCUAAUCUGCCAGAAUACCACAAAUAUACCGUUAAAUGUCACUGAUACAGUGUUAUGGUCUCCAGGUUAAUCUAUAUUCUGUCUGUGAGGAGAGGUGCUGUGCUCCAGGAGCUCUGUAUAAUCUCUUGAGCCCACAUGGACUACGGCUCCCGCUACGGUUUUCUGAAACUGCGGCUGGUUUUUAACGUCCCGGGUCAGCGGGAUCUGCUGUGUCUCACCAGCCCCAGGACUGGGUGUGAGCGCUGGCGGGUCCAGUCGCCCAACCCGAGCGGGAUCGGCCACCAAGGACUUGUACAGCAUAAAAUGGUGAAUUGCUGGAGUGGAGGGGAAAGGGGAUGCCAGGAGCAGACGUGAACAGAGAGGGCUGGGGAGUGCUGAAUGCUCUUAGCCUGCCUUCGCUGCGGAGAAACUGCAAAUGGAUCCAUGCCCUAGAAAGGACGAGGAAAGCUGACUGGGGUGAAUUGUCUUCUGCCUGUGUUCAUUUUAGUAGUUGAGGUUUAAUGUGUUAAAGCUGUUUACUAGAUGAAAUACAUUUUAUGAAAACUUAACAUGUAAUGUAAUAAAGACUUGUAAAAUGAAUUGGUUCCUUGGUGCUAAUUUAACUUUUAUUAAAAUGGUUUGAAAGAGCUAUGUUCCAGGCAGAGGAAGCUACAGCAGAGGCUUUAUCUCCAGUACAGUUGAGCUAGUGUGGUAGUUUGUCUUUCCCCAAAAGGUGCCGGGGUUGGAUGCAGAUUUUCAAUGGAGCAGUGCUUAAAUAAUGUCUGAAUUUUUUUUUUUUUUUAUUAAAGCUGUAUCAUGGCUUUGUGAUUUCAUGAGUAAUAAUUAAAAAACCUACUUGUUUCUUUUGAUCCUCUCAGGAAGGGAGAACUAAAUACAUUUCAAAGAUCAGUUCUGUGUACUCAGACUUGUCUUGUGUUCAUUUGUACUUGGUAGUGUUGAUGUCCAUUUAAAAAAUAGCACUAAGAUCUGUUCCUUUUUUUACAUCAGCUGGAGCUACAGUAUAUCACACAGGUGCUUUUCUGGUUUGAAGUUAUAAUUAAAGGUCGUCAUCACUAUGCAAAAUAUUAGGUCUAGAUGGUAGAGAUUUUUAGAGUUAUGUCGAAAUCCUUUCUGUAAACCAGAUAUUCUACCUGAUUUUUGUGUAUUGUUGUUUUGGUACUGCAUCGUUCAAUGUUACAAACUUUCUGUCUUUUAAAAGGGUUGAGUUGGGGAAGUUGUUGGGGCAGGAAGCAGGGCUGUUAAAAUGAGGGUGAGGAAAGGUUAGGCCUUUAAUAUCUGAAUUUAUUGUUAAAAGAACUUUUCUGGUUUCAGUACUGGGAAGGAAAUGCAUCUUUUUCUUAGUUUGAACUUGGAGGAGACAGCUUCACACUUUUCCUUUCCUCCUUUCAUUUGGCUUUUGGCAAAAGCCGGAUGUUCUCACGUUGGCAUGGUACUGCACUAAGCCAUCUCUGCUUCAGAAGAUUAAAGUGCUGGUCCUCCUGAAUUGAUCAGCACUUGCAUAAUUAGCAUUGAUGCUUAAAUUAAGAUGCAGUAUCUACAUGGCUGAUCUUCGGUUUAUUAUCUACAGACUCACAACAUCAUGUCAUACUUAGUUCAUGGUUUUAAAUUUUUCUUCGCAGCC